AUUGCUUUAUUUCUCCUGAGGAUUGGAGACGUUCUCUCCUGCUCCGGGGUCGCCGCCGUACCUGUCGGUUUCUCACCUGCUUUCUGACGCAACCUUCAGUGGAAACCCAGAAAAAAAAUCUGUUUCCACGCCGCCUUACGGGCAACAGGCAGAGUCAGCACAGGCUUGUAUUUUUAGCACUUCCGCCUUCUGGGUGGAAGCUGCUGCUGCUGCUGCUGCUGCUGCUGCUGCUGCUGCUGCUGCUGCCGCUGCUGCCGCUGCCGCUGGCGCUGGCGCUGGCGCUGGUGGUGCUGCUGCAGGCGGACAGAACGGAGCGUCCCCUUUAAUGAGAAGAUGUGCCGUUAUUUACCGCAGAACAGCUGGGCGUUUGUGGUUCUUCUGGAUACCAGAAGAUCCAAAUCAAACAUCAAGCUUUUUUGCUGCAGCUACAAAGCAGAAUGUAAAAUGUUCUGGUUCCGGUCCGUUUCUGGGUUAACCCACCUGAUUUUAAUGAGUUUAUUUUGGUUUAAUGUGAGAAUUUGACACAGAGCAAAAUGUUGAAACUAAAGGAUGAACCAGGCUUACGGCCAGUACACUGCAAAAACUCUAAAUCAAACCAAGUAGUUUUGGAUUAGUUUGUAGUGCAAAUUUAUGAACCUGUUCAGUUAGGAAUCAGUUCAUUCAUGGAUCUGUUUAGUAAAGAAUAAGUCCUUUCGUGAAUCUGUUCAUUCAUGAAUCAAUUCAUGAAUGUGAAGGCUAAUUUUUCAGCUUUAGCUCACUGAAUCUCAAGAUUUUGUUUUGUUUUUUGCAGUUUUGAACAAAUACCCUUCGGGUUGUAUGCACCAGUUCUUUGAACAUCCUCUCAGUUCAGCCUCUGGGAGUUUGUUUUUAAUCCUUCCGGGUAAAAGUCAGCAGCAGAAACUCUGGCUUUUAUAACUAAGCAGCCCUGAGAUGACUGUACUACCUUCCGGGUAGUCUCAACUUAUAUAUGUAUUUUUAAAUGCGCUAUCUGGCCACAGUUCCUCUUUUCUUUCAUAUGUGGGUCUGCUUGUGGUGUAAAGAAGGGACGGCGCUUCCAGAAUGUAACGGCGCUGCGCCGGCGGGCGGGGCUUAGCCGCCAGCAGCCAAUGAGAGGCCGGGAUGUCGCUGCGAAGCCCAGCUGAUAAAUGAGUCAAAGCGAGGGGGAGCAGCCGAAAAGGUCUCACUUGUUGCUGAGCAGGAGCAGAGAUCGUCAGCUGACCGCGGAGCUCCGAACCGCCUCGUCCCCAUUCAGAGCCUGGAACCGAACCGGGAGUCCGCCUGCCAGCCCCGCCGCGCUGCCGCCCCACAGGAAGUUUCAUGUCGGCGCCAGUCCAGUAUUCAUGGCCGGUCGGACGCAUCUGUCUCGUCUGUGGACUCUUCCUGGUCUCCUCCCCGCUCCUCUCUGCAGGCCGGCUGAACUGCUCUCACCCUCUGGUACCAGAACAUGGAGGUUUCCGCUGCGACCCGUCUCCAUGCCGCGGGUUUCCUUAUAAAACCGUCCUCCGGAUCUUCUGUGAGAACGGAUACCACCUGGGCAACAAGAAGCCCAGCUCCAGGUGCCACCGGGGGAAGUGGGCGCCGCCCAUCCCCUCCUGCAUCCCCAUGAAAGACGGGCCCAGCAUGAAGCCCGACGGCGACAUGCCCAGCAUGGCCACCACCGCGGUGGGCGUGUCCAUCUUCCUGCUCACCACCACCGCCUGCCUGAUCGUCAAGUCCCGCCUCUACCCCUGCCGAUCGCACAGCCGUCGCUCCUCGGACCAGCUGGACCUGAUGGUGGACGGCCUUUCCGUCUCUCUCCCGUCCUACGAAGAGGCGGUGUACGGCAGCUGGGGGCAGCGCAUCCCUCCCUGCUCCGCCCCGGGACCGACCCAGCUCCUGCUGGCCCAGGAGGAACCCGGCUUCUGCCCGUCGCCUCCAACUGACCAGCCGGACGGCAGCCACCAGCCCCUGCUGUCCAUCCAAAGCCCGGAGAACCCCCCUCCGCCCUACGAAGAGGUCCAGUCGUCCCGUUCCAGAGAGCUGCAGAACGACGGGAACAUCUGCCAUCUAUCGGACGAUAAGGACACUUGAUCGCUGAGGAGCUCCUAUGGAGACGCGAUUGUGACAGCUGGUAAUCUUCAGUGUCUCAUCUGACGAAGAUGAAGGAGGAGCCGCUGAUUCCUCCACCACCUGCACUUUUCCUGAUUGGCCGCAGCUGCGCGGCAUCAGGACAGAAAUGAUUUUUAUACAAAGCUGACGAAAUCUGAUCGGCCAGCCGUCGGCGCACAGAACGCCAGACUCGUGUAUUUUGAGGUGCAUGAGUCAACAACAUACUUCUGUUAUUGAUCAUAUCACUUACACAUGUUCAAAAAAUGCUGACUUGAAGAAAAAAAAUCCCCGCUGUUGUGUGGCGCCCAGUGCGUCGACGGAGCUGGCUGAGGACUGAAGAGUUUUUCUAAAUUAAAUGUUGGUUGUAUUGAGUGUGUGUGUUAUGAAUGUAAGCCUCCUGGCCGGUUUCUAAGCUGUUAAACAUUAAUUUAUGUAAAUGAUUUUUGAGGUUUUGCCGUGUUUUCAGUUCUGGAGACGUCGUUUUUUCCCUCCCCUCAGUGAUGGGGCUGUGUUACAGGAACGUUUCCCGUUUCCAUGGCGAUCGACUCUACGCCAUUUCUGUCUGAGAUUUUUGCACGUUUUCAGGCGCAAUCUGACGCACAGAGGUGCACAGAGUUAUUAAAGUAAUUUAAGCGUUUUAUUAAUUGUACAUAAAAUAAAUAUAUUUGAUGGGAUGAGAACAAUCAAAUUGGUUUCUGUUGUAAUCAGUGGAGAGCGGAAUGUAAAUAUCUAUAUUUUUAAUAUAACAUUUAAAUCUACUACCUAAGAUUAAUUUUCUUUAAAUCAAACAGACUAA